AACUACUUGGAUUUAAAUAUUACAUUUAUGAAGCUCAAGUGUGGAUUUUAACAGUUAUUGCAUUUAUGAAGCUCAAGUGUGGAUUUUAACAGUUAAGACUUAGGUGGUGUUUGGUUGCCAAAAGUCCCUAGACUAAUUUUAGUCCAUGAACUAAAAUCUUUAGUCUCUACUUGUUUGGUUCUAGGGACUAAAAGUCAUUAAAUGAGUGCACAAAGUACCAUAUUACCCCUAAUCUGCAUGCAUCCAAGAGGUGGGGACCGGGGGUAGGGGUGGAAUAGUUGGCCUCAUGUAAGCUUUUAGUCCCAAAAAGCUCCUCAAGAGGAACUUCUCAUUCUUUAGCCCCAAACAGCAUUUUAGCCCCAAAAAGUCCCUCCUGUUUGAUUCUUUAGCCCCUAAAGUCCCAGGGACUUAUACAAAAGUCCCAUGAACCAAACAGACUCUUAGUAAGUACCCACAUUAGCCUACCAUUCUACCUUGCUACAUUCAUUAGCACAGAAGGCAAUUUAAUUUGCUCCCUGGUAUUAUUUGUCUCUGUCUCGCUUGCAUCUCCUCAACAGUUAGAUAUUAAACUCAGCAACCCAGUUUCAGAUAACCAAAAUGUUGUACUGCUGUGGGACAAAACUGAAAGUUCAACACAAUUAGUGGCCAAAAAGGAUGUUUCAACACGUUACCUUGUGCCAGGGGGAACACCACUAUGGUCAAACAUCCAACAACUCUCCUUCAACAUGUGUUAGCAAAUUUUUAGCAUUUUGUUCUAAUUAAAGUGAACUUGGUAUGGGCGUGGCGGCUAAUAUACCAUUUUAACAUGAAAUGAUCUUAGCCUUUUGAAUCUCGUAAAGUAUUUUAAUUGUCAUGGGAUGGGCUUGGCUGAACAUGUCAGCCAAGCAGCAUGGCUUCCCCAUCCAAGCAGGGCAGCAAUAGCGUGACUUAUCUGCUACGUUAGUUGGUUUCUUAGUGAUUUGCAUUGGGCACAUCCAGUUGCAUGGCUAUUUAAAGGAGCCAUGUUCUUGUGAGGCAGGCAAGAACCAUCAGUCUAGUUGCCCAUCUAUAUGCAUCUCAUCCCUAGCAACCUACUCCACCUAGCCAUGUCCCAGUGGAAUUCAACCCAAUGUGGGUUCAGAAUAUGUAAGUUACAUGGAAAGAUGAUUUUGGAAAUGGAUAAAAUUUGAGUAUAGGUACAACCUGCUAGAAGUUUAUGAAUUUUUAUUUAUGUAUGUGGUAUAUCCAAGUUCCAUACCAGUACUUUCUGAAGGAAAAAUGCCACAGUACCAUCGUUUGUGAUGUAGCAUGUCAAUGCUAAAUUUAUAGUACAGGUAACUUAUUGUUUGAGUACAUUGUACACUUUAUCUUGUAUGGUUGAGGGACCACACUGGUGCAAAGCCUAUUUUCUUUAUUGAAAAGGUAACUUUUGUUGGGUGGGUAUCUAUUCAAUUUUAGCACCAUUUGACAAUUUCACAUUAUUGUACUUGCAGACCUUCUGUUUCAUUUCGUGGUAAAACAGAUUGCUUUUCCCCAAAGCAUAGAUGGCCUGAAGAUAUAGCUUGGCAUCCAGAUGGUGACAAAAUAUUUGCUGUAUACACUGCUGAUAAUGGCGAUUCUCAGGUUUCAAUGGCAAACCUUAUAUCAGGACAAAGGAAAGUUACUUUCCUACCAGAGAAACCUCACACAAAGGGAAUCAUAAACAACAUAACUUUCAUGCCCUGGUCUGAUGCAUGCUUUGUAACUGCGGGAAGUGACCAUGCUGUUAUACUUUGGGAAGACAAAGAUGAUUCAUGGAAACCCAAGAGAGUGCACAAGGAUUUACAUUCUUCUGCUGUCAUGGGAGUUGCUGGACUGCAACAGAAAAAAACAAUAUUAUCAGUUGGCUGUGACAAGAGGAUAAUAGGAUUUGAUCUCUCUGUUGGAAGGACAGAGUUCAAGAACCUAAUUGAUAGCAAGUGCAUGAGCGUAUUAGCAAAUCCAUGCGAUUUCAACUUAUACAUGGUACAGACAGGGGUGCCAGGCAGGCAGCUCCGCUUGUUUGACAUCAGGCUUAGGCAGACUGAGAUUCAUGCAUUUGGUUGGAAGCAAGAGAGCAGCGAGUCUCAGUCAGCUCUAAUUAACCAGUCAUGGUCUCCCGAUGGCUGGUAUUUGUCAUCUGGCUCUGCAGACCCUGUGAUCCACAUCUUCGACAUCAGGUAUCAUGGCCAGAACCCUUGCCAAUCUGUUCAGGCGCACCAGAAGCGAGUGUUCAAGGCUGUUUGGCACCAAACAUUGCCAUAUCUAACCUCCAUAUCAUCAGACCUUAAUGUUGGAAUUCACAAAUAUUCAUGAAGUGCCAUCACAUUUUAUUCUGAUUUUGCUGCUCAAAAAUGGCUUUUGUUGUGACAUAGUAAUGUUCCAGAAAGGCAUGGGAAGUUUUUUCCCCCAAGGAUUUGUACUGAUCUUGGUUAAAGAGAAGUAGAGGAUCAGUUGAAGAAUUGAGGUACAACAUCAUGGAUUUUCAGUGCUAGGUGCAAUUCGAGCUAGUUUCGCUGGCCCUGCUAGCCCGUUGGGUUUCAGUUUUGGCAGACCGAUGCAGCUGAGGAAGAGACCCACAGUUUGGAAGUUUUGAUCCUGCUGGUUGAAACAUUUCCGCCUUCUGAGCUGCCGAGACAGGGAUUGCUAGGCUGUUGUGUUCUCCAAUGUGCCACACUGCCAGAGUGGCAUGCAUCUGAAGACAUUCAGCUACAUGUUUUGCUCUCAUCUGUGGCUCCAUUUUUGCAGUGGUUUUGCGGUUUUGCCCUUGUUGGGUGGUUUACUGGAGGCUAAAGUGUCGAGCGAAAGGAAGAAAAUACUAAUGUAUACGAAGGUGCCUCCGGCUAGAUUCUGUAUUCUAUUGUGGCACCUGACCUUCUACCCCCGUUCUUUUUAUGACGGGUUCCUUCAUGUUUGGACCAUACCAUGCUAUGUUUUUUUUUUCUUUCCCCUGAAUUUGGCAUCACCUAUAUCUUGCCGCGAUAAUUCUAUGAACAUAUAGAGAGAAGUGGGAAUAAUUCCAAAUUUAAAUGUCCUUAUGAAGGGAAUUUGUAACCUAAUAAUACGUUGUGUAUAAAAGGGAAAAGAAAGCAUAGUUGAGUGAAAAACACAACAUUAUGAGUGGUAGAAUUAGGAUGAGUAUUUACUGUCCAAUAAUGAUGAGAGGUGGCAAAUAUUAGUGGCAGAAGUACAACAAACAUCAUGGAGGAUUUUUGUCGCAAUGGAAGGGGCGUUUCCAGGUGAAGCAACUCCAUCCACAUAUUUGCUAUCCCAAUCCCUGUCCUGGACUACACAUGCCAUGCAAGAAGCUUGGCACCUCAAUUCUCCUAGGCCCACACCGAUGUACUGACCCACCUCACACGAGAAAAUCGAAAGCAAAAUGGAGAUGCUACUGCUACAGUGCUACUUGCUCCAUCUCCAAUUCUCCAUCCAUCCAUGUGUCCAAACCGCAGUCACUCGUGCGCUUGAUGUAUAAAAACCAAAGCACCCCGUGGACACACGCCUGGUGGGUGUUGGUGCCUUCCUCUCCACAGCUGCCGCACCUUAUCGUCCUCCUCGGCUGCUUCAUCGUCAACAGCAGCGCCAGCGCCUCCUUCCUCUUCCCCGUCGAUCGACAUGGCUGCUCAAGAGGAGAAGACUGCUCCUGCCAAGACAGAGGAGGCGGAGCAGCAGCCACGGCCUCAACCGGCAGCAGGGGCGGCGCGCAGGGCUGGGCCAUCGGCGCCGGCCAACCCCUUCGACUUCUCCACCAUGAUGAACCUGCUCAAUGACCCCAGCAUCAAGGAGAUGGCGGAGCAGAUCGCCAAGGACCCGGCCUUCACGGAGAUGGCGGAGCAGCUGCAGAAGAUGACGGUGGUGUCGCCGCGGCAGGCGCCGGCGCCCGAGGCGCCGGCGGCGCUGGACCCGCACAAGUACGUGGCGACGAUGCAGCAGCUGAUGCAGAACCCGCAGUUCGUGGCCAUGGCGGAGCGGCUGGGCAGCGCGCUGAUGCAGGACCCCGCCAUGGCCACCAUGCUGGGCGGCCUCACCAACCCCGCGCACAAGGAGCAGCUCGAGGCCCGCAUCGCGCGCAUGAAGGACGACCCCACGCUCAAGCCCAUCCUCGACGAGAUCGAGGCCGGCGGCCCCGCCGCCAUGAUGAAGUACUGGAACGACCCCGAGGCUCUGCACAAGUUCGGGCGGGCCAUGGGCGUCGGCCCGUCGAGCGAGGCUGCCGCCGGCGCGGAGGAGGAAGAGGCCGCCGGCGAGGAAGGCGAUGGCGAGUACGAGGAGGAGGAGGAGGAGUCCGUCAUCCACCACACCGCCAGCGUCGGCGACGUGGAGGGCCUGAAGAAGGCGCUGGAGGAGGGAGUGGACAAGGACGAGGAGGACUCGGAAGGGCGGCGAGGCCUGCACUUCGCGUGCGGAUACGGCGAGGUCAAGUGCGCGCAGGUGCUCCUGGAGGCCGGCGCGGCGGUGGACGCCGUGGACAAGAACAAGAACACGGCGCUGCACUACGCGGCCGGCUACGGGCGCAAGGAAUGCGUGGCGCUGCUGGUCGAGAACGGCGCCGGCGUGACGCUGCAGAACCUGGACGGGAAGACGCCCAUCGACGUCGCCAGGCUCAACAACCAGGAGGACGUCCUCAAGCUGCUCGAGAAGCACGCCUUCGUAUAGACGCUGCUUGCUUGCUUCAUGCCCUCCUUCCUUAAUUUGCUCUGCUGCACCCUGCUUUGCUUUGCUUUCUCGGCCCAAACAAGUCCCUUCUUUUCUUUAUUAUUAUAUAUAUACAUAGCUCGGUCGUCAGUGUAUGUAUGUAUGUACUGAGAUUAUCCAUGCCAUGCAUGCCAGAUUUAGCUUGCGUGAUUAAGGUUGAAUAAGGAAGAGAUUUUCAUUUCAUCAUCCA